AUGGAAGCAACGAAUGGUACUCGGGACUCGCGGCCGGUGUUCUUCUUUGACAUUGACAACUGUCUUUACUCGCGGGAUAGCAAAAUCCAUGACCUGAUGCAGGAACUCAUUGACAAGUUCUUCGUUCGACACCUGUCCCUCGAUGCCGAGGACGCGGUGAUGCUGCACCACCGCUACUACAAAGAAUACGGCCUUGCAAUCGAAGGGCUGACUCGAUUCCACAAGAUCGACCCGCUCAUGUUCAACCGGGAGGUAGACGAUGCGCUGCCGCUAGAUGACAUCCUAAAGCCGAACAUGAAGCUACGGACGCUGCUGGAGGACUUUGACCGAACCAAGGUAAAGCUCUGGCUGUUGACGAAUGCGUAUGUCACCCAUGGCAAGCGGGUUGUCAAACUCUUGGGCGUGGACGAUUUGUUCGAGGGCAUCACCUACUGCGACUAUGGUGCGGAAAAGCUUGUCUGCAAACCAGACCAGAAGAUGUACUUGAAGGCAGAGAGGGAGGCGGGAGCCGCCUCCUCAGAAGAGUGUUACUUCGUUGACGACUCGCAUCUUAACUGUCGUCAUGCCCAGGCUCACAAUUGGACCACCAUUCACUUUGUCGAGCCGACCCUACCGGCGCCAGAGACCCGGGCGUCCAAGUACCAAAUCGCCGAUCUCGAGGAGAUUCGGACGCUGUUCCCGCAGUUCUUCAAGGCGACGACGAACUAG